AUCUAACUCCUCAUGAAUCUGUGUGGAGAUUGUUUGAAUAUGAAAUUCAUUCUAGACAUCCUUCAGUUCAACAUUUACAAAUUCAUAUGCCUUUAAAACAAAAUAUCAUUUUCAAUGAAACUGAUUCUCUUGAAUCAAUAAUAAGAUAUAGAAGUACAGAAGAUACUACGCUCACUGGAUGGUUUAAAGCAAAUAUAACUUAUCCAGAAGCACGAGAAUUAACUUACACUGAAUUUCCAACUAAAUUUGUAUGGGACAAUAGAAAAAAAUUUUGGGCACCAAGAAAACAAUAUCAAACCAUUGGCAGAAUAGCACACAUACAUCCUGCAUUAGGUGAAUUAUAUUUUAUGAGAAUGCUAUUAAAUAUUCAAAAAGGUUGUUGUAAUUACAAUUCAAUAAGAACAGUAAACGGCAUUAUACAUUCUUCUUAUCAAGACGCAUGUCGAGCUUUGGGUUUGUUAGGUGAUGAUAAAGAAUGGAUUGAAGCACUAACAAAUUCUUCACAUGUUGCAACAGCUUCAGAGAUGCGCUAGCUUUUUGUUACAAUAAUUUUGUUCUGUGAUGUUGCCAAUCCUCAAAUGCUAUUUGAUUCACAUUUGUCAAAUAUGUGUGAUGAUAUCUUAUACAAACUUCGAAUUGAAUCCGGAAUUCCAAAUCUAAUCGUACCAGAGUCAGAAUUGAAAAAUAGCCUUUUAUUUGAAUUAGAACAACUAUUUAACAUUUCAUCCAGUUCAUUAAAAGAUCAUCAACUACAGCUACCUGAUGCAAAUAAAAUGUCAGAGUUGAAUAAUAGAUUAUUAAGAGAAGAAUUAGAUUACGAUUGUCUUGCAUUAAAGCAUCAACAUACAAACUUUCUGAGCCAAUUGAAUACCUGUCAAAAAAUUGUCUACAAUGAAGUUAUUAGAGUCAUUGAAGAAGAAAAAUCAAGUAUUUUCUUUGUUCAUGGUUGUGGAGGAACUGGCAAGACUUUUUUGUGGCAUACAAUAAUAAGUAAACUAAGAUCUGAAGGAAAAAUUGUUUUAGCUGUUGCUUCAUCUGGAAUUGCAUCAUUAUUACUUCCAAAAGGCAGAACAGCUCAUUCUCGGUUUAAAAUACCUCUCACAUUGACUAAUUCCUCAAUAUGUCCAAUAAAAAAAGGCACUCAUCUUGCAAAAUUACUUGAAAAAACAGAUUUAAUUAUUUGGGAUGAAGCUCCAAUGUGUCAUAAGCAUUGUUUUGAAUCACUAGAUAAAUCUCUCCGUGACAUUCUAUCACAUGUUAACAGUACGCAAACAAAUAAACCAUUUGGUGGUAAACCUCUUUUAUUAGGUGGAGACUUUAGACAAAUUUUACCAGUCAUUCCAGGAGGAACUAAAGAACAAAUAAUUGAAGCUUCAUUAAACAGUUCAUAUCUGUGGUCAUCAUUUAAAAUAUUCAAUUUGACAGAAAACAUGAGAUUAUCAAAAAAUGAUUUAACUAUAGAGCAAAAACAGAAAAUUUCAACUUUUGCAAAUUGGAUAUUGCAAAUCGGAGAAGGUCAUACACGUUCAAUUCAUGAUACAAAUGAUAGAGAUACAUCUUGGAUCGAAAUUCCGGACGACUUACUCAUUAACUCUUAUACAAAUCCAAUAGAAUCAAUUUUCCUUGCAACUUAUCCAAAUUUUAACAUUAAGUAUAAUAACUUUGAUUAUCUAAAAGAACGUGCUAUUGUUACACCACGAAAUUCAACUGUUCGGGAUAUAAAUGAUUAUGCUAUAAAUUUAUUACCGGGUGAAAAAACUACUUAUUUAAGUUCGGACACCAUUUUGUUAAACUCUGGAAACAAUGAAAAUAUGAAUCUUUUAUAUCCUACAGAAUUUUUAAAUAAACUUGAAUUUAAUGGACUACCUUCACACAAAUUGAAUUUAAAAAUUGGAAUGCCCAUCAUGUUAUUAAGAAACUUGAAUCAAGUCUCUGGCUUAUGCAAUGGUACGAGAUUAAUAAUAACAAAGUUAUUUGAUAGAUUGAUAGAAGCAAAAAUAUUAACAGGAAAUAACACAGGACAAAAAAUUUUCAUACCUAGAAUUAUUCUUACUGCAUCUGAAAAAAAAUGGCCAUUCAUUUUGAAAAGAUGUCAAUUUCCAAUUAGACCAUGUUAUGCAAUGACAAUCAACAAAAGUCAAGGCCGCCAAUCAUUAAAUCAAGUAGGCAUAUAUCUACCUGAACCUGUAUUCACUCAUGGUCAAUUAUACGUCGCAUUAUCAAGAGUUACAUCAAAAGAUGGUCUAAAAUUUUUGAUAAAUAACAACAAUGAUAUACCAAACAAAUAUACUAAAAACAUUGUAUAUAAAGAUGUGUUACAGAAUUUGUAAAAUCCUCCUCUUCAUAAAUUUUGUAACGUUUACUACUCAAUGUUUCCUUUAUAUAAUUUGCACAGUACUAAUCAUAUAUACUAUAUGGUAAAAAAAUAAUCAAAGAAAACCUCUUUGUCCAUAUAAUGAGAAAAUGGCUAUGAAAAGAAUUCAAACUACUAAUCGAGAAUAGAAGAAUGGUGUCAGGAAAAUGAAGCCCAAGAGUAGGACAAUCAUGGUAAAAUUGUUGAUUUGAUUUUGUAGAUUAUUUUUUUGGCGGUUAUUUGGUUUUGUAGAUUGAGCAUUGAUUUUUUAUGUAUGCAGAACACAAAUGUGAUACGCAGGAAUUGAUCCAUCAAAGAGGAAGCAAUCAGUAUUUUGAUCAUGGAGGUGGAGAGUUAAUGCAGUAGCUAAACCUUGAACAAUACUGGGCACUGGCAAUGAUUUCUGAUAAUGAGAAAAUGCACAUAAAAGACAAAUUUUAGGAAUCAGGUUACACGUGUGCAAGUUAGUUGCACCAAAACUUGAAAGUUGAAACCCAGCACUUCCUUCUCUUAGUUUGGGAUUUGGGAACAUCUAUCUCCUGCUACAGCCAUUUCUCCGUCGACUAAUUUGUUGUGCUGAUUAUCAGGCGGCCUGGGAAAUCUUCUGCAUUGAAUUGACAACGGUGAGCUAAAACUGCUUCCAGAGCAUCACGAUCGCCGCCGUGACGACUUCAUCUCCGAUGUGUUUCCUCCCUCCUCUGCUCUCGAUGUGUUCAUCAUAGAUUCAUAGGCAACAACUUUACCAAGCCUCAGUUUGGAACCACUGCUUGCCAAGAAAGGUAGCCUUUCUAAUUCUUCCUCUGUACACUUUUGAAUCUCUCUAUUGUUUAUGUUUUCUAUCAGUAAAAGUAAUUCACUUUCUCCAUUUGACAUAAAUUAUGUUCCUCAUCUCUUUUGUCUAUCAAAUUUAAUGUCGGUUGGAUCUAUUAUUCUUGAUAGUAACACAGCAUAGAAAGAGCAAACAAAGGCAAAGAUCAUUUUGCCUUACUGGGGAAAGUUAUGGAAGUAAGGGAGAAGUUGGUCAAUACAACAGAGAAGUCAGCAGAAGAGUGAAAAUCGCAAACCUAAAAGCAGCUAGAGGAACAAUUGGAAAGAGGAUAUAUCUGGAUUCACUUGAAAAUUCCAUUUAAGAGCAUGCGAAGCAUGCUAAGGCGUUGCAAAAGUUGUUAGAAUAGACGAAGAAGCAUUUGGAUUCGAUUUCCAAAGAGAAGAAGCUUAAACAUAAUGCCAGACAAAUUGGAUUGCAGCUAAUGGAGAAUGACGCUUCUGUUAUUAAUGGUAGAUGCUUGCAGCUGAUAAUGAGUCAGCAAUUCAUCAAGAAAGAUAUGGCCUUACGACAAAGAAAAAAGAAGGUACAUCUUCUUUUGGGUGGACAAGAAAGUGAGGAGGAUCCAGCUGUUUCUUAAACCUCUAACUAAUUCGUCAAAUAAGAGCAACAAAGACAAAAGCAAAGAGCUGGUAAUGCUGCAACGGUUUCAUCUACUUCUAUUAGUAUUCCAGAAGCUGGUCCAUCAUGCUCAAGAACACGUAGAAUGCGUGAACACACUCAAAAAAAUCUUUCAACUGCAUCGAGCGUUGGUCAAGCUUCAUAUCAAAGAAAUAGAAGUGAUUUUGGAGACAAGAUUUUCAAAUGUCGUCACUGCAAUGCAUUAUUUUGGUUGAAUGAGUCUAUAAAAGCGAGAUAUAAAAAUCAACCUCCAAUGUUUACAUUAUGUUGUGAGCAAUGCGUCCAACACCGAAUAUUCUUGAUGAAUUAUUAGAUAAAAAAAAAGGCAUAGAAGGCUGCAGGUGAAAAUGCCAAGUUGUAUGCUGCAAUUACAAAUGGUAUUGUCAGUAAACUUGACAACGGAGGCCUUGGUUUUCUAUGUGCAAAAUGAUGGACAGCUGCUACAACAUUUCUAUUCCUUUACUUUAGCAUUCCCUGCUUCCCAGUGGGAAGUUCCCACAAUACUUGAUGUUGUCAAACAAUGUAAACCAAACAAUUUUAGAGAGAUGAAACUCUCUCAUUUUAUCAUUCUGUCAUUAUUGUAAAUUAUUAGCAACAACAAAUCCCGCGGCAAAGCGCGGGCACUAUUACUAGUAUAUAUUAAAGAUGAGUUGGGGUUACUAUUUUUA